CUGAUCUGUCAGUCACUGCCCCAGCUCGAGCCGGCCAACCCUCUCCACCCUGGACUCGAGCAGAGGGCCUGGCGGUCCAGCGUCCCUCUGCGCUUCAGAGCCAGCGAGGGCGCUCCUGGGGCCCGGGUCGGUCGCGUUCCCCCGGGAUGCGAAUCCCUGCGCCGACGCCCGGCAAAGGCCGGCACGGGGGCGGUUACUCCCAGGGCGCCGGAGUGAAGAUGUCCUGGGGGUCCCGGCGCCUCUCAGCGGCCAGCUUGGCGGGCCCCUGAGGCCACCGCCCCAAACGCUCCGCUGUUGGGCUCCCAGAGCUGUUUGGGGCGCCCUCCCCAACCACCAAACCUCUUGCUGUCCUCCUUGACCCGGACCCAUGGAGCCGGCGGUCCUGGCCUCGCACAACCUCCCGCACCACGAGCCAAUCAGCUUCGGCAUCGAUCAGAUCCUGAGCUGCCCGGAACCCCCCGGGAGCAGCCUAGGCCCGGGUCGCGCGGGCCAGGGCCAUGGGGAGAGUGCGGCGUUCUCGGGUGGAUUUCACGGAGCCUCAAGCUACGGCCCGGCGGGCUCGCUGGCCCCAUUACCAGGCAGCUCUGGCGUGGGCCCGGGCGGUGUGAUCCGCGUCCCCGCGCACCGCCCGCUGCCAGUGCAGCCGCCCGCGGGGGGCGCGCCUGCAGUUCCAGGACCCUCGGGCUUGGGCGGCGCCGGGGGCCUAACAGGACUGACCUUCCCUUGGAUGGACAGCGGCCGCCGCUAUGCCAAGGACCGGCUCACGGCCGCGCUCUCGCCCUUUUCCGGGACGCGCCGUAUAGGUCACCCCUACCAAAACCGGACCCCCCCGAAACGGAAGAAGCCGCGCACGUCCUUCUCCCGCUCGCAGGUGCUGGAGUUGGAGCGGCGCUUCCUGCGCCAGAAGUACCUGGCCUCGGCCGAGAGGGCGGCGCUGGCCAAGGCCCUGCGCAUGACCGACGCGCAGGUCAAGACGUGGUUCCAGAACCGGCGCACCAAGUGGCGGCGCCAGACUGCAGAGGAGCGCGAGGCGGAGCGGCACCGCGCGGGCAGGCUGCUUCUGCACCUGCAGCAGGACGCGCUACCGCGGCCCCUGCGGCCGCCGCUGCCCCCGGACCCGCUUUGCCUGCACAACUCGUCACUCUUCGCGCUGCAGAACCUGCAGCCCUGGGCCGAGGACAACAAAGUGGCUUCCGUGUCCGGGCUGGCCUCGGUGGUGUGAGCGACGCCUGCACUCUCUUCCGAACCAAGGCGCCGCGUGGAGCGCACGGCCGCCCUCGCCGUGAUCGCGUGACAGUGGAGCAUGUGAGGAGAAGCUGGCCUUGAGGCUAUCGUCGAGGUCUCCUCGGCCGCCACCGGCUCCCAGGCCAGCGUCGCGCUGUUGUCCUGCGCGCUAAGGCGCGGCCUUUCCCGCCGUUUUUCGCUCGGAUAUUGCACCUGGGCCGUAACCAGAGGCGUUGAGGGGGCGGGACUUGAAGUACCGAAGCCAAUAAGGUGUGGGGAGGAGGGGCGGGCUGGCCAAUGGCUGCUCUCUUGAGGAACUCCGGAUUCUUCAUUGGGUGUGUCUGGAGCUGGGGUUCUGGGGUUUCCGCGCAGGUUACAGGCGGGGCUGGGAUCGGGUGGCAGCCUGCACUGGCUGGGUCUAUACCAAAGGUGUCGCCAGGGACAGGUGUAAAGGAGGAGGUGCUGGUGAGCGAGAGUCUGACAGGAGCCCGAGAGUUAUCCACGCUGGGCAUCUCAUCCUUCAACGGUAAAAUAAUCGCUAAGGAUUCCUUCCAGACUUUGAGCCUCAUGUUGUCCGUGUGUGUUUAACCUGCUGAUUACAUCCUCCCUCUUGAGACUUACAACGCGCCUGGGUGGCAGGCUGGAUGGAAGGGAAAAAUCCAGGAACACUAACCUGGCUCUGGUGUCCCUAGAGGACUGAGAGGGAAGAGGAGGGAAGCAACGGACAAAGUUAACGGGCCGGUGAAGUUACGAGUGAGAAGAAUUAGGAGUUCCCGUCAUGGCUCAGUGGUUAACGAAUCU